CGGUACUUCCUGAUGAUCGGCGUACCGCGUAACCAAGGUCGCUCGAUUGUCAACCAAAGGUCGGUUUGAGUGCCAUUAGAAAACCAAUCGAGUGUAUCGUUACAACACAAAAAUUUUAUCCCUAUAUAUACUUACCGAUCGCUGCUCGAAAGACAGUUCGGUAACCACCACCGGUGCGAAAAUGUUUAGGGUGUCCGCGGUAGUUCUCUGUGCCCUCUUCAGUACUCUGCAGGUACUCUGCGACGAGUACCGCCAUCCCAUGUACAAGUACCGCUACGAAACCGAAGACGUCAUGAAUAGUGCCGCCUCCUCCGUCCCCCUUAGAGGGUACCAUGUAGUCGAGGGCGGGUACUACCCUUCGGAGCUCACCGGCAAAUUCACGUCGACGGGUUUGGGGAUCGGUGGAGGCGCCGGGUUCGGUGGUGGCUACGUGGGGCCCGUAGGUGCUGGCGUAGGACCUAUAGGUUACUCCGGAGUAGGAUUGGGAGGCGUGGGAGGCGGCAUCGGGCUGGGAGGUGGAGCUAUCGGCCUCGGUGGAGGAGGAUACGGACCUCAAUUCAUCGGAGGCGGAAUAGGUCCUGGAAUAGGCGCCAUCGGGUUGGGAGGCGGUAUAGGUCACCAUCACGGAUACGGUGGUGAAGAGAUCGACAAGAAAGAGUACAGCGGCGAAAAGAAGAACCUGAACGGAGGACAGUACUCCAAGGAGCACGGCAAGAAGGAGGAAGAAGCGAAACGCGGCCAAGAGGGCUAUUCCGAAGGUAACGUAGCGGUGAAAGACAUCAAAGGAGAGGACGGGUACUACCAAGACGUGGCCGGCGGCAAAAAAAUCGUCAACGACGGAAAGCAGUACGAGGGAGGUCAGCAUUUCAACAAGGAGGGUAAAAACGGGGAAGAGAAAAACGUAAAACAGGGCCAUAGGAAGGGACACAAGAUCAAGGGUUUCAAAACGUCGCACCACAAGGACGAGUCUGGCAAAACGGAAGAGUACUACGACGAAGCCAACGACGAAGGAGACAACUACGCUUUCAACGGGCAAUCCGGCGCUUUCGGAGAGAAGGGCGCGUCAUCGUUUAAGGGUGGCCACGAGGACGGCAAGUUUAACAGCGAAGAAAAGAAGAAAUCGGGUCACUAUGGUAACGAGUACGAGGCGAAGAAGGCCAACGCCGAUGCUGGCAAGUACGGGGAGAAUAAGUACCACGGGACGGGGUCGGUUUAUGGGGCUAACAACGGAAUAGAUCAGCAGAGUUUGCUCGGACACCAAGAGGAGAGUCGGUUCUUCAAGCAUCAUCCUGUGCCCUUCUACCACCACUACUAAGUAAAACCAACAAGGCUCUACCGUUUCGAAGCUAGCUUAGUGUUUAUUUAUUGAAUGUUUGCGUAUAUGUAUAAGUUACCACUAUUUAUUGUCCUAAUUGUAUCCGUGCGUUGCUUGUCGUUUUAAGUGUUUACGUGCAGAAUAAAAGCG